UUUUUUUCAGUGUAGCAACACCGAUUACUGAUUGUGCAGAAGAAAAAAACAAUGGUGUGAUUCCAGAUUUUUAUUUAUAAUCAACACAAUCCUGCAAUACAACUUUCCAAAAUCUUCCUCAAGACUGUUACUUUAGAAUUUAAUUUAAUUUUCUUUAGUGUAAAGACAGAUCGAAGCGUCAGCUAGUGAAGGAUGCCAACAGCGAGAGAGAAUCAAAAGACGGAAUUAGCUAUUUAUUUUAUUAAUUAAUUUAGCGUAAACCCAUCAUAAUUAUUUUUGUAGUGAAUCCAUUAUAUUAAUUAUAGAUGAAUUAACUCAUAAACAUUGAGAUUUUACAAUAUUUAUUUUCUAAUAUCACAAUGGUGGAUAAAGGUCAGCCACCGUAGUUUGCAUUAACCGUUGAUGGGCCAGUAUGGAAAAUAUGGCGUCCAACGUGUCUCUGCGAAGUAACAAACAGCGGAAGGAGAACCUUAUAACUAGGAAGGAUAAGAGUCCGGAGAAGACUAUAAGGGGUACACGAGGCGCGUACAGGGGAAUCCCCUCUACGUCUAAGAGGGAUGAGGAUGAGACGGGCUCGACGGAAAGACUGGAUAGACCAAAGAAAUUUAUCGCGCAGAAAAGCAACUACGGCCUCGGGAAGCGACCGGAUUUCUCGCUCAAGAACAGGAAUGUGCAUUUAGCGUCGUCUCGGUAUGGGCAGAUGACAUCAGGGCUGCAUGGCCACAGCCACCAGAUCUCGCAGCCUCCCCACCAUCUGGAGCAGACCACUGUAGCCAAGGAGAAGACCGUGCAUGGCAAGGAAAAGACCUUCAAGGUGGUGGUAGGCGGCGAGGUGGGGGUGAUGAAAGGGCCCGUCCUGGGCCCGCGGCCGUACAAUGCGCUCGCCAUCAUCCACACGCAGCAGAGCAACACAUUCGACAUGCUCAACUCGCUCACCACCAGCGUCGCAAGUCAACCAGUAGUGGGCGUGGGCGUGGGAGUGGGCGGGUACCGGCGUCGCAGCUCAGGACAGGGCCCGCUCUGCGACCCAGAGUUGGACGACAGUGGGAACAAACUCGUCGCGCGGUUGGAAGACGACGCUUUCAUCUCGGAGCAGGACUUGGAAGAGAACAUCGAUAUAGCUGAGAAACGCCUACCCCCGCCUGACGACAGCGGGGAAGUUACAUCACAGGAAAACCAAAAUGGUCUAGAGUUCAGCCCCAUCUACCCUCCGGACAAGUUAGAGCUGCAGAAAGACAUGAAGCCGGACAAGGAGGACGAGGAGGAGCCCAUAGGAGUCUCGCCUUGCGGCAGGUUCUUCAAGUACGAUAAAGAGGUGGGGCGGGGCUCUUUCAAGACGGUGUACCACGGGCUCGACACGCAGACCGGAGUCGCCGUCGCUUGGUGCGAAUUACUGGAGAAAAAGCUGAACAAAACGGAGCGUCUCCGCUUCCGCGAGGAAGCUGACAUGCUGAAGAAGCUACAGCAUCCUAACAUCGUCAGGUUCUACAACUACUGGGAGGGCACCGUGGCCAAGCGCAAGAAUAUCGUGCUUAUCACCGAGCUUAUGCUGUCUGGAACGCUCAAAGCGUAA